GCAGGACGCUUCGGAACGCGAACCUCGCUGAAACCAAGAGGAACUCGGAGCCCCUCGUACGCCCACUAGCGCCGCUACCAUCUUCAAAGUGGUCUUUGAACGCAAACAACCAUGCACCGGCCAGUUGUACUAUGGACCGUAGCAGUCUUCUUGCUAACAUCGGUCAUCGAUAGGGCUCUGGCUUUGCCUAACGGAGCUCCUGAAGGCACGUGUGAUGACUUGAUGCCUUACCACGACGGAGCCAAGCAGCUCAACGGUAGCGACUCUCCGUAUCGGCUGGUGCAAGAGAAGGCGACCUUCCAACCUGACGACACCUUCACAGUACAACUUCUCGCGAAAAGCUCCUACUUCAGGGGCUUCCUGGUGAAGGCGCUGGACGAGCAGGACAACGACGUUGGCCGCUUCAUGCCGGGACAAAAUUACAAGCCGAUGAAGACGUGCUCUGGUGCAACCCACAAGAGCAACAACAACAAGAAGGCCGUAAAAUUCGUCUGGAAAGCCCCCGCUAAUAAGUCUGGAAGUGUGCGCUUCAAGGCAACCGUUGUCCACGACUACACGCUAUUCUACACAGACCUGUGGAGCACCGUAGAAACGACCGAGCAUCUGUAA